AGGGCGGGGUGCCUGGCUUAGGUCUUGUCUGACUCGAGCAAGAAACUACAACCCCCCAAAUGCCCUGCGCCACAGGGUUGCGCGAGGCAGUGACGUGAGAGUUGUUGUCGCUACCAUUUGUGGGCAGGGGAGACGCGGUGGCGGAGGCUGAUGACGCGCUCUUCUUGCCGCUGGAGGGUCACCGGAGGUCAGCGCCAGUGCCUGCCCUGAAGGUAUGGUCCACGCCUUCCUCAUCCACAACUUGCGGGCUCCGCAGGCCCAGGACACGGGCCUUUGCCGAGUGCUCUACUCCUGCGUCUUUGGUGCCGAGAAUUCACCUGAUGACCCACGGCCGCAUGGUGCUGAGAGGGACAGGCUCCUUCGAAAGGAGCAGAUUUUGGCUGUGGCCAGGCAGGUGGAAUCCAUGUGCCAGCUUCAGCAGCAGGCAUCUGGCCGGACCUCCGUGGACCUGCAGCUUCAGUCCUCAGAUGAGCCAGUGCCCCUGCAUGAGGCCCCACAUGGGGCCUUCCGCCUGGCAGCAGGGGACCCUUUCCAGGAGCCUCGGACAGUGGUGUGGCUGGGUGUGCUCUCAUUAGGCUUCGCCCUGGUGCUGGAUGCCCAUGAGAACCUGCUGCUGGCUGAGAGCACACUCCGGCUGCUGGCACGCCUCCUUCUGGAUCACCUCCGGCUGCUUACCCCCAGCACCAACCUCUUGCUUAGGGCUGAUCGCAUCGAGGGCAUCCUUGCCCGCUUCCUGCCCCAUGGUCAACUGCUCUUCCUCAAUGACCAGUUUGUCCAGGGUCUGGAGAAGGAACUCAGUGCUUCCUGGCCCCGCUGACCCCUCACUGGGAUGGGGCUUCCUGGGGGCAGGGAAGGAGGACAGGGAUGGAUGGACACACAGCCAGGUGAAUCUUGGCAUUGGCCUCCUUCCCAGCCUGCUCCCAGCUCUGCUGUGCUACCACAUCCAGGACAAGUGGACGGGACAAGCUGGCAGAAAAGAGGGCUGGGCAAAGGGUGGUGAGGAGGAAUCCCGGAACAUCCUGUGCCUGGAGCUGCCAUGUGACUCAUUUAGACUGCAUAGUGGACCAGUCUCACCUGUCCUUGACACCAGUUUCUCCCAUCCCCGGCAGCCAGCCCCCAAAACAGUCCACCAGUUGCUAGUGUUGGAGCAUGAGGCGUGGAACUCAGCCCACUUUCUCCUUCCAAACCCAUAGUCCUCACAGUGCAAAAGGAACCUGAGACUCCCAGGGUGGGGAAGCUGGUUGCUGUAUUUGCACUCACUUAGGCAACAUUACCAACAAGGAUUUUGUCAGUGAGGACCUGCUCAGUGUCCAGCCCCACCACAGUUCACAAAUGUGUCUGUCGUUCAUUCAGCAGGGGGAUUCUGUAGCUCUCUUUGGGCCCAUCCCUUGCCCACCAGGCAACCUCAAGAUAAUGCUAGGUUUCCUUUGUCUUCAGGGAGAGAAGAUACCAUCAGAUGGGUGCAAGAAGUCUAGCCAGGAUGAAGUUGUCUUUCUUGUUUUGAAUUAAAAGCACUGAUUGUGUGAUUUCA